CGGAUCGAUCACUUUAUCAACGGCUCUUCUACUCCAUCAAGGACAUUUCCAUCGGAGGCCAGUGCGUCUGUAAUGGGCACGCUUCUGCAUGCCCGUACCAUCCGGACGUGGACCGAGCACAGUGCCGUUGCGAACACAACACCUGCGGUUCAAAUUGCGAGAAGUGCUGCCCCCUAUUCAAUCAACGCCCAUGGAAAGCCGGAACUAUGGGCGAGGCGGCCGUCUGCGAGCAAUGUCAAUGUCAUGGACACGCCCAUCAAUGCCGCUACGAUCCUGUGGUGGACAAGGAACGCAGGAGUCUCAGCAUUCACAACAUUUAUCAAGGCGGAGGUGUUUGCAUGAAUUGUACGGAUUUCACGACGGGCAUCAAUUGCGAGACAUGCCUAGAGGGUUACUACCGUCAACCUGGAUCUACUCUAACGGCCCCCUGCCUUCCGUGCGGGUGUCAUCCGGAGGGAUCGUUUGGAACAUCAUGCACAGAUGGCAGCACAUUCCCAAUUCAAUGUCGAUGUCGCGUAGGAUUCGCCGGACCGAAAUGCGAUCGAUGCGCGUCCGGCUAUCACAGUUUCCCCAAUUGCGAGCCUUGCGGAUGCGAUACGGCCGGAAUUUCAGACCCCGGUUGCAGAUCCCCGUGCCAAUGCAAAAUCAAUGUCGAAGGUGAACGAUGCGAUCGGUGUAAACCGGGAUUCUUUGACCUCCGUCAAGACAAUCCCGAAGGUUGUUCUCGUUGCUUCUGUUUCGAUCGUUCCGGCAACUGCACAGCGGCCGAUUUAGGCCUUCAGAAAAUCAAUAGCAGGAAUGGCUGGCUAGUGACGGACCUCCAAGGCAGACGGAUCGUUUCCCCUACCGCUGAGCAGAACAACGAGAAGGACAGCAACAAUAAAAAUGCCGGACGAUUGUCCAUCGCCAAUGACGACAUGGCGGAUUUCGAGAGCUACUACUGGCUGGCCCCUGACGAUUACCUCGGCAAGAAGCUGACCGCCUAUUCUCAAGUGGUCAAAUUCCAAGUGUCUUGGGUCAAAGCUCGUGGUGAUUCCGCUGGCAAGGCCACCAAAGGACCCGACGUCAUCAUGGAAGGUGGCGGAAUGAAAAUCGGUUACGGAGAUCGCUCUUAUCGCGACAGCAACGCCACCAUCACAUGGAUGCUAAGAGAAUCCAAGCAUUGGUAUCACAUUCCGGAUAAUGUGAUGGACAUUGUGCGUCGACGUCGAACCGAAUACAAAGGCGACGGUGUCACCAAGAGUCAGCUGAUGACCGUUCUCAACGAUUUGCGUCGACUCCUUGUCCGCGCUAAAUUCCACACGGAUCAAAUUGAAGGAGUGUUGCAUGAGGCUCAGUUGGACGUCGGUUCUGAAUAUUCGCAAAGCGUUGAACGUGUGAGAGGGAUCGAACAGUGCCUUUGCCCGCCCGGCUACGCUGGAUUGUCUUGCGAGGAUUGCGCGUUUGGUUAUGUACGUCGCAACAGCAGCCGAGGGCGUGGAGAAUUCGAGUGUUUGGCCUGCCAAUGCAACGGUCACGCUGCUACGUGUGACGUGAACGACGUGACGGUAUGCAGCCGUCCGUGUUUGCAUAACACGGUCGGUGCCCAGUGUGAAAGCUGCGCCGUAGGAUAUUACGGCGAUGCGCGUUCCGGUGGUGCCUGCAAGAAAUGCCGAUGUCCGCUCGAAUCUCCAUCAAGUAACAACUUUAGUCCGACUUGCGUCACUACAGGACCAGACAGUUAUGUAUGCGAUCAGUGCCCGUCCGGCUACGAAGGUCAUCAUUGUGAAAGGUGCGCGGAGGGUUACUUUGGUAAUCCGCUAUUGCCCGGCGGUUUCUGUCAACCGUGUGACUGCAGUAGUAAUCACGAAGUGGGCGCAUCCGAUUGGUGCGACAGGUUGACAGGUCAAUGCCUCAAGUGCAAAACGGGCACGGCCGGCCAUUCGUGCCAGCUGUGCGCACCCGGUUACUAUGGCAACGCGACUGAAGGCACUUGUCGAGAAUGCCGUUGUUAUGCUGAUGGCUCGGCCAGCAAUCAGUGCGAUAUGGAAACAGGUCUUUGCCAAUGCAAAGAGCGUUUUGCCGGUACGCACUGCGAUCGAUGCAAGGAUGGAUAUGGAGAUAUUCACGCUGGCUGUCGUGACUGCCAAUGCGAUAUGGUGGGUUCACUGACGACGCAGACGUGCGACGGCCAAACGGGUCAAUGCCAAUGCAAACCGGGCGUUGGAGGACUCGUAUGCAAUCAGUGUCUGGAACACCACUAUGAUUUCUCCAUCAACGGUUGUCAAGGGUGCAAUUGCAAUCAAUCGGGAUCGGAGAGGAAGACGUGCAACAUCGUCACGGGCCAAUGCGAGUGCCGUCCAAACGUCGUCGGUCUCAAGUGCGACCAGUGCCAAGUUGGAUUCUGGAAUUUAAUCUCGGGACGGGGAUGCCAAUCGUGCGGAUGCGAUGGAACUGGAGCCGUCGAUCGGACUUGUCAUCCAACCACUGGCGCCUGUUAUUGUCUGCCGGGCGUCGGAGGCCAAUCUUGCGAUAGGUGUCUCCCAGGAUUCUUCGGAUUCUCGUCAUCUGGAUGUCGAGAAUGUGAGCCGUGCAAUAAGCCGGGCCAUAUCUGCGAUCCAGAUACGGGACGUUGUGUCUGUCCUACCGGAACGGAAGGCUCUCAAUGUCAAUCUUGUUCUGUUGGAACAUGGAAUCACCAUCCAGUUAAAGGAUGCAAAAAUUGCAACUGCCAUCCGCAAGGAUCUCGAUCCAGUCAAUGCGAUCAAUUCACUGGUGCUUGCGCGUGUCGCCCAGGAUACGCCGGAAUGCAAUGCGAUCGUUGCGUCCAGCCAGGAUUUUACGGCUUUCCGCAAUGCCAACGUUGCGAUUGUCAUCCGACUGGAACAGACACGCGAUCGAAUGGAGCCGGUCUUCUUAUCGGAUGCAACCAGCAGGACGGCCAGUGCCUGUGCAAGGCCAAUGUGAUGGGCAGACGGUGCGACACUUGUAAGGAAUCGACGUUCGGAUUACUCCACGUCAGUGGAACGGAUCAGGAGCUGACAAACAAUUUCAUCGACGAUGGUGGAUGCACACCUUGUUUCUGUUUCGGCCGUUCGUCCAGCUGCACACAAGCCCAACUCUUUUGGUCUCAGAUGAGGAUGGAAGGAAGUCGCGGUUUAAUGAUCACAUAUGACCCGCCUGGUCCGGAUGCGCCCAAUCUAGCCAAUCCCAACCAGUUCCCCGUCAACACUCAGGAAAUCUGUUACAUCAAUUUGGCCUUACCAGGUGAUGGACAGCUUCAAUUCAAGACGGGCGAGACCCAACUGAACGUGACCAACAACUUGAGGAUCGUGCCGGACGUGAGGGGCGAUGUGAUGAUAGGCGUCAGCCAGUUUUUUGACACGCCCCUCUACUGGCAACUGCCCGCUUCGUUUGCUGGUGACCGCACAACCUCUUACAACGGCCUGCUUCGUUUUACUGUAACCAAUCAUGGGGGAUCGACCCUGUUUCCGGACAACAUUCUGGCCACUUAUCCCUUAGUUCAAAUCCAAGGCAACCGCAAGGUUAUCUUGGAAUAUUAUCCGCCCGCGCCACACCCAAAUGGCCGCUACCAAGUGAGAUUGCACGAAACUCUUUGGCGGAUGAAGAAUAAUCCGCAAGCCAAAGUCAGCCGGGCAAUGAUGAUGAUCGCUUUACAAAACAUACAGCACAUCUUGAUCCGUGCCACUGAUUCAAUGGAUCGCAUUAAAGCCGAGCUGAAGGACGUCAGCCUCGAAGUAGCCAUUCCAGCUGCUCCUACAAAUUCAUCAGCACAUCGAAACAGUCCAGUCAUUGCCAGUGGAGUGGAGAUGUGCCAGUGCCCAUCAGAGUACACUGGUGGCUCGUGCCAAGACCCUCAUCGCGGCUACUAUCGCCGCUUCAAAUACGAACAUGUGUCCAGCAUCGUCCUUAUCGAACUGGUGGGCGAGGCAUAUCCGUGCCAUUGUAAUGGGAGGAGCGAGACAUGCGAUAGGGAGACUGGACGAUGUACCAACUGUCGAGAGAGCACUACGGGAGAUCAUUGCCAGCAAUGCGCCAAAGGCUAUUACGGCGAACCCAAUCACCCGGGUGGCUGCAGGCCUUGCGCGUGCCCUUCGAUCGAUCGCAAUUUUGCCGAUUCCUGUCAACUCUUGCGCAAUGGUUCCCAAAGCUGCUCUUGUGCACGUGGCUUCCGCGGUGAUAAAUGUCAGAAAUGCGAUUAUGGAUAUUAUGGCAAUCCCAGUCAAGGUGUUCCUUGCCAGCCGUGCCUCUGCAAUGUCAAUGGAAGUGUUAGCGAUGAGUGUCAUGAAGUGACUGGCCAUUGCAAUUGUAAGCCGGGCAUAACUGGACGUGAUUGCACUUAUUGCGCUCCACGACAUGUCAUCAGUCCUACUGGAUGCACAUCUUGCGAGGACGGAUGUACUGGUGCGUUGUUUGAUGAAGUGGAUCAAAUGGUCAGCAUGAUUGCCCGUUAUAAUUUCACUGAUUAUGUUCCAUUGCCGUGGACUGGCCUAUUUCAUCAACAAAACACGACCAUCCUGUUGGAACAGACUUUAAUAGAAAAACGAGAAGAAAAUGAAAUCAUUGAUCGACUUAUCAACGCUCCUAAUAUCCUUCCUUUGGCUCAAAUCACGCUCCAGCGUGCAAAAGAGUUGGAAACGUUGGCUAGCGGAUUCCAAGCGGAAGCUUCCGAAUUACAGCCUGUAUGUACCCAAGCGCUGGAAGCUUCCAUUCUCGUUACCACCAUCAUGGAAGAGAUCAUCGCGUAUUUGAAAAAUUACGCUAUUGGAGAGACGCCGUCUAUUAAUAUCAACAAAGCCUUGGCGGAAGCAGAGAAUCAUUGGCAGUACAUCCAAUCGAUUGAUGUCGAUAUGAAGAAAACUAACGCCAUUAAAGAAUUAGAACGAAGCCGCAAUUUAUUAAACAGCAUCAAGAAUCUCUUCGAUGAUGGAAGCGACACUGCUCAAUUGCGAGAUAACCUGGAAGGCUUCAAAAUUCGAUUGGAUGAUUUGGAAAAUUACAUUUAUAAGAGUCGCAAUUCGACUGAAGCUGCAUUUCGUUCGUUAGCUCAAAGCAACUCAACACUGGAUGCGAUCCGUCAUUCUGUCGGCGAAAUUACUUCGAAAUCCACCCAGAUUGAUAUUGAUUUGAAUUUGGCGCGCAAAAAGAAUGUUAACGCUUCGCUGGCUAUUAGCCGUGCUCGCGUUGGCUUCCAGGGAUUGUCUACGUCCCUUGCUAAUCUCAAAAACAAAAAAGCUCAAUGUGCUGCUAAAGAAAGCGAACUAAGCCGCUUGAAUCCCGAGUACAAGCGCAAAUACGUCACGGCCGCGCAGGAACAUGCCAACAAAUUGUGGCAACAAGCCCAGGCGUUGUUUAAUCAAUUCAACGCGACACGUGACGUGGCAGAUCAUCCACUUCAAGCGGCCAAUGCGUAUCGCUCGAUUGUCGAGGCCCUGAAAUUGGCCAGACAAGCGGCUGAAGCUGCAGGUGAAGCCGCCGAAACAGCGUACGGAAGGGCCUAUCCGGAAGACAUGGACUUGUCGUUGGUAGAGCAAGCGCGGCUUUCCAGAGAAAAAAGCCGCGAACUUUUGCGCCAAUCGGAACGACUUCAAGUCGUCGUGUCCAAUCACAAGGAGCAAUUGAAAGGAGAGCAGAUUAAAUUAGAUUCAGUGGAAAUGAUGUUGAAAAAGGCCAAAUCCAUCAAUGAGGAAACUACUACCAACAUGGACAAGUUGCCCCAACUUCGCGAUCGUGCGAAAGCGGCCGUUGAGAAAUCGACAGAUGCUCUAAGCAAAUCGACCACUGUAUCGAAGCAAAUUAUGGACAUUAAAGCACAAAUUGAUUCUGAAUUAAGAGUUCGAUUAUUGGCUAUGCAAAACAAUCGCAAUGUCGGCCUUGGAAAUAUCCCUAAACUCGUUGAUGACGCCCGGAAAAACAUGAAACAUUUGGAUGUUAAGAUAACGCAUUUAACUAAGAAGAAUUUUGAAUUCCGAUCGAUUAACUCGUCGGUAUCUUUGAAAUUGGAUGAAUUACGUAAGAAGAUUAAGCGGGCCAAACAAGCUGCGUCCAGCAUCCGAGUGUCUCUGUCGGGCAAUUCAGGCUCAUGUUCCAGGAGUUUCACACCGCCAUUGCAGCCGAGUAGCAUGUCCAGCAUCAUGAUGACUUAUGCUUUCAAUAACAAGGAUCGGGACUCUUUGCUCUUUUACUUACCGGCCACUAAGAAACAUGGCAACGAUCAGGAGACGGACUUUUUGGCUGUUGAGAUGGUCAACCGUCAAAUUCGUUUCUUGUGGAACGCAGGAGGUGGAACAACAGUCCUAACUCAUCCACUCAAACUGCAGCCCGGCCCUGAUGAUUUAUCAAAUGAUUUCCGUUGGUACAAGAUCGAAGCUGAACGAACUGGCAACGUGGGAUCGCUUAGAGUCCGUACAGUCAAACCUGAAAACGAUGGAGACAUUGAAGGAGUUACAGUGACAGGUGCUGGACCUCCUCGAUUCUCCAAAGUGGACCUUACAACUGGCGAUAAGUUGUACAUUGGUCGCGUGCCAGAUAGUCCACCAUCUGACCUUAAAACGAGGAAAUUCAGUGGCCAUUUACAUCAGAUGUGGUACGAUGGACAGCCCAUUGGUCUGUGGAAUUUCAUGUCGACUAGUGCUGGUUGUGGCCCGUCUAUCAAUAGAGCUCAAGAGGCAAAGGAUGAAUCAUCGUUCCGUUUCAACGGUCAGGGUUAUGCCGAGCUGGCCCAGAUUCCACGCUACGACUCACGCCAAUACAGCAUCACCUUCAGUUUCAAAUCCUUGGAUGAGAACGCGCUACUCUUUUUGGCCAUUAACGACACUCAACAGGGACAGUACAUUAGUCUUGAAUUGACGGAAGGUUUGAUUCGCUAUCAAGUUCGCUACGGUUCUGGCUACGAAAUGUCACUACAGAGUCGUCAAAAGUACAAUACUGGCCAAUGGGUCAAGGUUGAGGCAUCUCGUGUUCUCAUCCGCGGAGUGGAGACGGCGUUAUUGAAAGUAGCCGAUGACGAAGAACUUUCGGCAGCACCAUUCAAUUUCGGCGUGCCCGAUUUGGAAUUGGAAGAAGCGAAACUUUAUGUGGGUGGGCUGCCGCCAGAUGUCAGUAUAUCACAAGACUUGAUGGGUUCUGUUCCGGGCUCUUUCCUCGGAUGCAUGAAAGAUCUUCAAGUUGUAGCGUUUGGAAUGAAUCCAUUACAAGGAUCGUUUUAUGGAGUCGAAGCAUCUUGCAGUUCACAAACGAUUAACAAAAUUGUGGCCUUUGCUGGAACGGGAUACAUCCAGCUGAGGGCUGCGAGACCCACCGGCCGCGAUUUAACAUUGGGAUUGAGCUUCAAAACUGAAGCGCCUGAAGGCAUUUUGCUUUUCUCUGCUCCUAUUCCAGCUGAAGCUAGCGAUGAACCGGCCCAUGAUGAGGACCUGCCCGUCCACUUGCCGCUCAAAAGCGACAAAGAGGCCGACAUGAUUUCAUUGACCAUGCGCCAGGGCAAAGUGGAAGCACGGUUCCGAUCCAGCCCGGCAGAAGUUGUAUCCAUCACAUCCAGCGAAACUUACAACGACGGCCAAUUCCACGGCAUUGUCGUCGUCCGAACCGGAAGAAAAGUCGAAGUGCUGGUAGACGAUAUUUCAAUCGGCACGCUCCGGUUGGCCCGUCAAGUGACGGGCAGUUCGAAUAGCGGUUCCGACUUUUCUCAUUUGAUGCUCGGAGGCGUCCGUCCAGAAUGGCUGUCAAUGGCAGCAGAUUUCAUCGGCACUCAGCAUUCUUUUACCGGAUGCAUCGCCGAUUUGAGCUUCAACAACCAGUUCGUUGAUUUGAGUUACCCCAUCCGGCAUUCCGCUGCCGCAGUUGGCCGUUGCCAACACAUUCCAGUACCACGAGUGCUGGAAGAGCGGAUGCAAGCAAAUGAGAAUGCCCUUUCGUCUUGCAGAGAAGUGCCCCAGUACACGAUCGAAGGUCGUGCCUUUAAAUUUGGCGACGCACCCAAUAGCCACGUGAUGAUAUCCGCCAAUCGUAAAGAACUUCACAGCAGCUUCAAUUUCACAAUGGAUUUCCGCACUCACUACCCCAACGGCCUUCUUCUCUUCUCAUCCAUGAAGCAGAAGAAAGCUGCAAAUUAUUUGCUAGUGGCUUUGAAAAAUGGCAAAGUGGUGGUUAGUUUGCACGGACGCCGCAAGGAGGAUCUUGUCUCAGUUGGAAACGUGAACGAUGGCCUUUGGCAUCGCGUGCACAUCAUUAAAGAUAAGCGCAAAGUCGUCGUGAUGCUGGACGAUUUCGCUCCUUUACGAGCCAAAGCGCCCAAUAAAUUGCAAUUGGACGGCCAGUUAUUCGUCGGUGGAUUGCCGGAGAACUCAUUGUUCCUCGAUAACGCAGCCGCAGAAGGUUUCAAAGGUUGCAUACGUAAUUUAAAUCUCAACGGGAGAUCGCACGAUUUAGCCAGCAGCAAGAAUGUCAUCCAGCGAGUGGGUCAAUGUUUCGCCCACGUCGAGACGGGCUCCUAUUUUCCCGGGGACGCUUACGCUGUCUAUAGCGAGGAUUUCCGUGUUGGGGCUAUGGCCGAUAUCCAGCUGGAAUUCCGGACGACCGAGUUGAACGGAGUUUUACUUAGCGUUUCUGAACGCAAAGGUUCACCGUCCUUGUCACUGGCCAUCGACGACGGAACUAUUGUUUUCGCCGUCGAUAUGGGUGACAACCGAACCUUUUCCGUCAGCCAAAGUUUCCCGUCUACUUACCAGCUGUGCGACAAUCGCUGGCAUUCGGUGAAAGCUAAUUACGUGGAAAAUGCACUAACACUUAAAGUGGAUAAUCAAGACGAACAGUACGGCUUCUCCAGUAAUGGACACGUCAAGGAAGCUAAAACGCGUAAUCCAUUGUUCAUCGGUGGCUUACCAGAGCUGGAACCUCAAGGAGCAUUGAGAGUACGAGACAAUUUUAAAGGUUGCAUUCGCAACGUUGUGAUUCGUGGAGAGAUCAAAGAUUGGACUGAUAUGGCCCGACUGAACAAUGUACUUUUAAAUGCCUGUCCCACCAACUAAUCAAGUGCCUGAUAACGGCGUAUUCUAUUAGCCGAAAUACACAAAAACCUAACCAAA